CGCGCGAGCCCGGGCGUCCCCGCCCCAGCCUUUCCCGGAGCCAUGAAUCCCAAUUGCGCUCGGUGCGGCAAGAUCGUGUACCCCACGGAGAAGGUGAACUGCCUGGAUAAGUUCUGGCAUAAAGCAUGCUUCCACUGCGAGACCUGCAAGAUGACACUCAACAUGAAGAACUACAAGGGCUACGAGAAGAAGCCCUACUGCAACGCACACUACCCCAAGCAGUCCUUCACUAUGGUGGCUGACACCCCUGAAAAUCUCCGCCUCAAGCAACAGAGCGAGCUCCAGAGUCAGGUGCGCUACAAGGAGGAGUUCGAGAAGAACAAGGGCAAGGGCUUCAGCGUGGUGGCCGACACACCCGAACUCCAGAGGAUCAAGAAGACCCAGGACCAGAUCAGUAACAUAAAAUACCACGAGGAGUUUGAGAAGAGCCGCAUGGGCCCCAGUGGGGGUGAGGGCAUGGAGCCCGAGCGCCGAGAUUCCCAGGACAGCACCAGCUACCGGAGACCCCAGGAGCAGCAGCCUCACCACAUCCCGACCGGCGCCCCCGUUUACCAGCAGCCCCAGCAGCAGCAGGUGGCCCCAUCCUAUGGUGGCUACAAGGAGCCUGCAGCCCCAGUCUCCACGCAGCGCAGCGCCCCGAGCGGGGGCGGGAAGCGGUACCGCGCUGUGUACGACUACAGCGCCGCGGACGAGGACGAGGUCUCCUUCCAGGAUGGGGACACCAUCGUCAACGUGCAGCAGAUCGAUGACGGCUGGAUGUACGGGACCGUGGAACGCACCGGUGACACGGGGAUGCUGCCGGCCAACUACGUGGAGGCCAUCUGAGCCCGCCGGGCCCCGGCCCGCCCCGCCCCAUCCUUCAGCGCAUUCCACGGCAUCGCAUCUGUCCUGGGCGUGACCUGUCCACCCGUCAGUGUCUCUGUGUUUAAAUCUGCGACAGCUUGUCUCUUCCCAACCUCCUCCAGCUUCUUUUGCCGACCGAAGCCUUGUUCUGCCACUUCCUUGGGCUCCUUCCUCGGGCCGGUUGCCCCCUGGACCGACUUCUUGGUUUUCUCUCUGGGCGGAACAGGUGUGGGCCUUCUGGGAGUGGCCGAGGCCCCUGGGCUGGUCUGGAGUGGGAGGUCCAUCGGCUCCCGGGCCUCCGCCUUCUCUCUUUCUCGGCCCCCUCAGACCCUCCUGCCCACCUCCUCACACACCCGACAUUCCAGGGCUGGGGUGAGCCCCAGACCCCCAGGACUCCAGGGAGGGGCUCCAUGCAUUCCCAGGGGUGGAGCCCCACCGCCCUGGCCCCUGGAUGGGGACAGGCCGGGGACUGCCACUGUGUGGGCACCAGUAAGAGGGCUUUGCUUCUCAAAGAUGGGGCUGCUGACCCUCCGGGGGGUCCCCUCACCACCCUCUCUUUUCUCAGAGACAACGGAGGAGGGUAAAGUGCCCGCCCUGGGGUUCAUUCAUCCUCCCCACACGUGCUCUCCUCACACUGUGAUUUUGCUCUUCUGCCCACGGAGACCCGGUGUGGGCCAGGAGCUCCCUAGGAAGCACGGCUGGGUCACGGUCUGGCCUUCCUUACUUUCGGGACAGCUGCAGGAGCGAAGGGGACAGGCUGUUCUCUCCGCACUCCCACCCCCAGCCCCCAGGAGCCCUGGCUCGCCUCCUUGGCUGGAAGCCGAGGUCCCUGACAGGUGGGGCAGGAAGCCCUGAGAUCUGGGCUGGGCGGGCCACUCCUCCCUACUCCUCCAGGGAAGAUACCGCCCCUCCCCCUGCCUCCCCCGCCCCCAAGUGCAUAGGAACUGCAAAGCCACAGGACCCUCUGCAUCUCCAGGACUAGCGUGUGGGGGAAGGAGCGUGUGUGUCUGUAGGAGUGUCAGCUAGUGUGAGCGUGAGCGUGAGCGUGAGUGAGCGAAGGCGCAGGGUGUGGCCUGCAGGAGUCUCUGGGCUUAAGUGAGGGUGCACAGAACUGUUUCCCCCUGAUAAUUUCCUCAAAACCCACAGUGAGGGGACAAGGGAGGCCCUAGGGGACAGAAGUUCCUUAUACUUUCUUUGGAAUGAAAAUUCCUCCUUCUGUCCCCCAAAUGGAGGAAGCCCACCUGCCUCCACUGCAGUGUGCUGGGCGGAGUAAGGGAAGGACUGGAGAUGGGUGGGUGCUGAUACAGCUGUCUGGGUGGGGUAGGGAGAAGGCUUCGUGCCUCCAGGCAUAUUCUCUCCCCCAUCUCUGCCCUGCGCUGCAGACCAGGGGCCAGAGGACCCUGUGUUACCCACACUGUGGGUGCCUUACUCUGGGGGCUCUGCCCCCCAGGCCUCUCCCUUACUUACCGAAAGCCCCCUUGAGGUGUUAGGAGAGGGUCCCAGGGCUACAAAACUGGAAGCACAGGCCCCGGGACGCGGAAGGGAAGAUGGUGCUAUCUCCAACCCCUUCUGUCCCUCGCUGGUGGCUGUGACAACCCCUGCCUGGCUUUAUUCAUCUCUGGGAGUCCACUCAGGCCCCAGCGUUAACAUCGUUGCAUCCUUGUUCCCUGUGGCGGUGGCUGCAGGCAUGAUCGCAUCCUCUCUUCUUGUGGGUUCAGUUGGGAAUAUUUAGCCCAGAUCAGAGAGCUCAGGAAAUGACUGGGGGGGAACAGGAGUGGACCUUUCUGGGGGAGGCCGAGGCUCGGCCCCAGCCAGGUGAGGGUGGAUGGAGGGUCUCCCACUGGCCGAUUUGGGGGUGAGGGAGCAAUAUUGGAAACCUGGGGAGGGGCGCCGGUCCAUUCCAUUUCCUCUUGAUCUCAAAGCACAACAUGGAUUCUGGGACCAAAGGUCGGAGACACAUCCUGUUGGAGGACCUGCGGUUGGGAGGGGAGUGAGAGGUGGGAGGGGGCCUGGAGGAGCGAGAAAUAGCCUUUUCACUCAGCUUAAUUUUCCUUCCAAAACAAGGCGAGCCAGCCACUGGAAUCUUGCUGCCCGGCAAGCUGCUCCUCCCGUCCUAAAAAUAGGGGACCUUUUUUUAUACAACCCACAGAGAGGAGGGGCUGUCACACUGGUGCUGAGGGACCCAGGGGCUGCUGGGAGUCCUUGUUCCUUUCCAGAACCAUCCAUCCCUAGAAGAGCACAGAACCUGAGGGCUGGGCGGAGGCCCCGGUCUUCUCUUACAGUUCAUAGAGGUCUUUUAGCCAAUAUCCCAGGAAAGAACAUCCAUCAAAGCUAGAAUGUGAAUAUGACGUUAGUGGACCAAUAAUUGCAAGAAGCCCAAUGGUGAGAAAAGUGAAUUCUCUCAACACUGCUUCCUGUUUUCUUCCUCAUGUCCCUCCAGGGAAAACUACUUUAUUGCUUAAUUUCUGCAUUUGUUUUCCCCUUCACGUAUGCACUUUUGGGCCUUUUUUUUUAAUAGCUGGAAAAAAAAAUACCACCUCACAAACCUGUAUUUAAAAAGAAACAGAAAUGACCAUGUGAGAUUUCCUCUGUCCGAACAUUUCAUCCGUGUGUGUGGAGCCGUCAUUCAUCUUUUUAUACGGGGGGGUCGUCUCUCCUUGGUUUGUUUGGUCCCCUCCCUCGUGGGCUUGUGCUUGGGAUCAAAUCCUCUGGCCUGUUAUGAUUCUGAACGUUUGACUUGGACCACAAGUGAAUCUUUCUGGUGACUCAAAUAAAAAUAUAAUUUUUACCUGCGGA